UUGGGUCUAAUCGGUGCAACUCGCGGAUCCAAGGCAGUGUGAGUGGGAGGGUCCUCGAGCCAGCUGAUCGAACGGGCACAAAGCUUUUUAAAGCGCGAGGUUUUUUGUCAACUUUCUACUUUCACUGCAAUACUUUCGUCAUACAAAGAUGAAGCUUCUUACAAUGUUUAUGCUACCGCUUAGUAUCUUUGGCCACUCCCUCGUUGAAAGUGAGUCGACUGACAACAAGUUCAUCUUUGACACCUUCCAAGAUCCCAAACGUGAUACCUUUCUCUGGGAAACAUUCCCAGAUGAUUUCCUUUGGGGAGCAGCAACAGCAUCGUACCAGAUAGAAGGAGCUUGGGAUGCUGACGGGAAAGGUCCAAGCAUCUGGGAUACCUUCAGUCAUGAGGGAGGAAGGGUCUACCAGAACCAAACAGGCGAUGAAGCUUGUAGCAGCUACAACAAGCUCAAGAGAGACAUAGAGAUGCUCCAAGAGCUUGGCGUGAAGUCCUAUCGCUUCUCUCUCUCCUGGCCAAGGAUUCUGCCUGACGGUACAGCCAAGAGCUUCAACAAGGCUGGGGUAAACUACUAUAAAAGGCUUCUGGAUGCUCUAGUGAGGGCAGGAAUCGAACCAAUGGUGACAUUGUACCACUGGGAUCUUCCGCAAGAUCUUCAAGACAUUGGUGGGUGGGAGAACGAGAUGAUGGUCAGCUACUUCAGCGAUUAUGCAGACAUCUGCUUCCGAGAAUUUGGCAACAGGGUCAAACUCUGGAUCACCUUCAACGAGCAGAUUAUCUUCACCACCCAUGGAUAUGAGAUAGGUAGCCAUGCCCCUGGACUCAAACACAGCGGCUACGGAGCCUACAGGGCAGGUCACACAACAAUCAAAGCCCAUGCACAGGCUUGGCACAUCUAUGACCAAAAAUAUCGCAACAAACAGCAUGGCAAGGUGUCUGCUGUCUUUCAGUCCAGUUGGUUUGAGCCAAAGACCAACUCGUUGGGAGAUAAACUGGCUGCUAAGCGUGCACCAGAGGUCGUCCUAGGCUGGUUCGCCCAUCCCAUCUUAGUCGAUGGAGAUUACCCAGCAGUUAUGAAAGAGUACGUAGCAAACGCAAGUCGUCUUCAGGGACUGACAACAUCCCGACUGCCUGAGUUCACAGAAAGCGAAAAGAAGAUGAUUGCUGGAACGUAUGACUUCCUUGGUCUUAAUCACUACACCACCACCUACGUGAGUCACAAAGCAAGAGCCCAGCCCCGCGUGGCAAGCUUCGAUUUGGAUUUCGACAUGGAAUUGUCUCAGGAUGAGGCUUGGCCUAAAGCUGCUUCUUCUUGGCUGAAAGUCGUACCCUGGGGAUUGAGGAGGCUGCUGGGAUGGAUCAAGGAAAAUUACGGCGAUGUCCCCAUCUACAUCACGGAGAAUGGAAUGUCGCAGAGUGGCAUGGACACCAAUGAUGAACUGAGAAUCAAGUACUACCAGUCAUACAUCAACGAGAUGCUAAAAGCUCACCUGAUUGACGGCGUGAAUGUCAAAGGCUACUUCGCUUGGUCACUCAUGGACAACUUUGAAUGGGCCGAGGGGUACAGCGAGAAGUUUGGCCUCUAUGAGGUGGACUUUGAUGAUCCUAAGCGACCCCGGACACCGAGGGAUUCGGCCAGAGCAUAUGCAGAGAUUAUCCAAAAUAAUGGGUUUAUUCAUCCAGGCUCAAAAGAGAAGACAGAAUUGUGAUUCAAGAAUAGAACACUUGUUAUGCAAACUGAUCUCUAAUUGACGUAACCCUGCUGCUUGAUCUGAUGCUUGUGACAGCAAAAUUUCCGUGAAUUUCCUUCUUUUUUCUUAAGUAGUGAACAAAACUACCAAUUAUUAUGGAAUACCGUACUUGACUGUAAGUGAAUAAUAGUCUCAAGCAUCUUGUGAAAUCAUGGCACCUGGUGUGCUGUCAUUUUUCAAGAAAAGUGGAAUUUUUGUAUCAAUUUCCAACAAUGGUCGGCUGACCAUCUUUGGGGAAAAACUACCUUUUUUUUCAAAUACUGCCCCCAAUUUACUGAAUUUCAUUAGUCUGCAAUUUGUUUUCAAUUGAUUACACAUCCAUGAAUGGGUGCAAGCCAGCUAGUUUGGUUCCCUGACUUGACAAUUCCCUGUCGUCUCUAAAUUGCUCUGUUUCAUCUGAAAUAGGGUCAGGGAACCAGACUACAAGAAUGGUUUUCCAGCAUCUAUGACUGCAAAACUUGUAACAGUGUAACAAUAUUCUCUAUAAAUACUAACCCCCAAAUCCAAUCAUUUAGUGAAAUUUACAGCAAAAGCAAAUGUUGUAUUCUACCUUUAAAUACAAAGGACAAGUUUUGACUUCUGUUUUAAUGUACCACACCAAAGACAUCUCCAAGGUCAUUUUAUCCAAACUCCAAAGGUAUAUUUGUUUGGACCCUGAAUCCAUCAAAAUCCACUGUUUAAAUAAAUUGUCACUUCCGUCCCAACUCCCAAGUGCUACUAAAUUUGCUUAAAACCACCUUGUGCAUUUUUAAGGAUCUAUGAAUAUCAAUGUUAAGAUAUUACCAGAAUUGAUUGCUCUCCAUUUUUUACAUUUUUUUAUAUGGAUUUUCCUUUUGUUGAUAAUUGAAGGAAACCCUACCAAAAUAUCAAGUAGGUGGCUUGAAACAUCAUCAAAAUAAUGUGCCAAAAUAUGAUUAGCAUAUUUUUUUAUUCAUCUUUUUUUAGAUUAGACUUUUUUCAAAAGCUACUUUGUGUUAAAUUCUGUACAUUCUUUUGAAUUGUAAUGAUUCAAUUCAACUUUGUAUAUCAAGAGAUGCAGAUUAUGAAAGCAAUAUGCAAAAA